GGCAGGUCUAGCAAAGUAAAACUAUCCUUUUAAAACUCCUGACGUCAUCAGCUGCGUCAUCAAUUUUAAGAUUCACUCGCUGGCGCGUGAUGUAAAUAAUGGCGAAGUAAACAACGCAAAUGUUGAGAUGAAUUAUUGGUGCCCAUUUCUUCUAUCUGCAGCAACAUUGAUCUACGUACAUUGCGUCUCUAGUGUUGAGAGUGAAAAAAAUAAAGACAAAAAUGUUGCUGGAACACACACUUCCUAUCUCGUGGAAUAUCCCUUACAAAACUCUGCAGCUAAACCUAAACAAAAACGAGAUACUUCAAAAAAUAUUGCAAGCGGAAAGUUGACAAUUUCAAGUGCAUCUUCACCUAUAAAUUCAAAAGCAAAAAAGAAAAAAUCAAGCAAAAAUACAAAGUAUAAAUCCCUGAAGCAAAUGAAAGUUGUGAUAAUGAAAGUGAAGAGACCUAUUUUAAAACAAAAAGAGUUUAGAAGGAAGCUGAAAAGGCGUGGUUGGAAAUACAGAACCCAUUAUGGAAGGAAGUUAAAAAGUCACAUUGGUAGGACUAGAAAAAAACAUGGAGGAAAGUUGGAAAACAUUAUCAAGAUGUUAGCAACACAUUAUGGAAAAAAAUUGAAAUCUCAGGGUAGCUUGUAUAACAUACUCCAUGGACAGAAAUUCAAAAGUCAUAAUUGGGUAUUAAAAAGUCAUCAUGGGAAGAAAUUGAAAAGCCAGGAUCGAAUGAUGGAUAGCCCAAGUUUGAUGAAAGAUAUAGAUAAAAACUCUAUGAAACAAAAACAAAAAGUGAAACAAAUUAAAUCAAGAAAUAGGAAGAAUGAAAUUAAACAAAGAAAUAAGUUGAAAUCAAUACAGAAAAGGAUGAAAAAUAUAUUAUCGGACUUGAAAGCAAUAACUCCAAAGCUAUAUAAGAUAAGUGAAAACCAUUCCAAUAAUGUAAAUAAUGUUAACAUUCCUAGCAAAACUCUACAUUCAAGAGGACUAAGUAAGUUAAAAAAUGUGAAUAGAACAGAUGAUGCUGGUAACAUAACUAAACCAAGUGCUUUAUUAAGAUUGAGGAAUGUCAACAUGACAGGCAUUGUCCCAGCGGGUAAUGUGUCAAGUCAGAAUUAUGUUAAAUCUCCAAAUGUAAUAAGAGCUCAUAUUGUAGACGAAUCAACAUCUGGUCUGUCAGAUAAAACUUUGUUGGUUGGAGUACUUGUAGGGGCUGGCUUUUCCUUGUUCAUUUUUAUUCUGUGUUGUGUGUUGUAUAAGGCCCUGCUAUAUUACAGGGCUCGUAGAUUGGCGUUUAUAAAUGGUGACACAGACAGUUUGAAAACAUCUCACAUGCAGAUUGAACUAACUAAGAAAAUGCCGAAAAAGAAUGGUAGUAACCAAUACAUCGUCAGCAUAUUUGGUAAGAAGUUUCCAAGACUUGGUAAGAAGGACAUUGAACUAGACUCAAGUUCAGAAGAGGAAGAGGUCUUCAACAGAUCUAUCAUUGACAAUAACAAUAACAGUUAUGGAAACUCUCCUUCAUCGACACCGAUUUCAAGCGCCAACAAAAAUGAAAGUAAGGAAGCCGCUUUUACAAUGAUGAAUCAUUGAGAUGUAGUCAAGCUAGAACAAUGUGAUCAAAAAUAAUGACAAUGUUCAUCUAAGACUGUGAUAUCAUAACGAAUGUGAUUUA